UGAGCGAGCCUGUCUCUGUGUCUCUGUGUCUCUGUGUCUCUCUCCGUGUGUCUGUGCACAGGCAGGCUGGGAGGGGACGGGGUCAGGUUUAUCACACGCUGCGGAUCAGAGAGAGACAACCUUUAUCUGGACUGCACCACACAGCCUUCUUCAAGAGGAGCCGAUCAGUCACAGUGAGCAGAGCCAGCUUUGCUGUAUAGCCUUGUCCAUUAACAGCCUAGCAGUGAGAGGGAGCACAGUUAGGCAGGCACUGCCUGUAAGAGACAGUUCACAGGAACUGAACUGCACAGGCCAGCACUCGGAGUAACAGUCUGGGAGUCUGAAGGUGAAGGAUUCAAACACCCCUCGCCUUUCCUGUGAAGGACACGAUGCUGCUAUGGACAGCCGUCCUCCUGUCCCGUCUCCUGCUGGCCUGCGCUGGACAGAGCCCGCCUCUGGAGGACUGCGGGGGACCAUCCUGCCAUGAGAGGCUGGUUGCGAAGCCCCCCGAGGUGGGCUGUCAGGGCUCAGGGACGGGGGGCUGCAGGGCUCGGGUGCUCGCCCCUCCUGACACCCCCGUACAGUUGCUGCCAGACCCCCAGGAGCUGAGACAGACCCAGUGGGAGGAGAGGGACAGGCAGGGGAGGCCCCGCAGUCUCUGGGAGCGCGUGGAGCUGCUGGAGGGCAGUGUCUCAGCCCUGCAGAGCCUGGUUCAGGGGCUGGGAGAGGAGGAGGGGAGGCUGGACACUCUGCUGGCUCUUGCUGUGCUGGGGGAGUGUGACCUGGACUGUCGCAGCCAGGCUGUGAAGCACAUCUCCCAGAUGGGGGGGCGUCAGGGGACGAGUCUGACAGCGAGGGAGGACCUGCUGCAGCUGCUGAGGGGGGCGGGGCUCACAGGAACCCCAGAUACAUUGAGAGAGCACAAGUCAGACGGGGCGACCUCACAGAUAGUGGAGUCUGCAGUGGGGGAGGGAGAGGAGGAGGAGGAGGAGGAAGAGGAGGAGGGGAGCCAGUACCCCCGAGACUGCGCUGAAAUCUACAAGCAAGGGAUCCAGGAGAAUGGCAUCUACACCAUCCAGCCAACCCCAGACAAACAGCCCUUCGAGGCGUCCUGUGACAUGCUGACAGCGGGUGGGGGUUGGACGGUGUUCCAGCGACGGCAGGAUGGCUCGGUGGAUUUUAACCGCACGUGGCAGGAGUACCGGCAGGGCUUUGGGCCGCUGCAGGGAGAGCACUGGCUGGGGAACGAGGCCCUGCACUCCCUCACACGGGCCGGGCACAGCCUGUUGCGCAUCGAGCUCCAGGACUGGUAUGGGGUGCAGCGCCACGCCACCUACAGGAGAUUCCGUGUCGCGCAUGAGACUCACAGGUAUCGCCUGACCGCGCGGGAGUACACGGGGGAUGCCGGCAAUGCCCUGAGCUACAGUAAGCACUACAACCACGACGGGCGUCCGUUCAGCACCGCGGACAGCGACAAUGACAGCUACCCCUCGGGGAGCUGCGGCUCAUACUACGGGGCCGGCUGGUGGUUCGACUCCUGCCUGGCAGCCAACCUGAACGGGCGCUACCACCGGGGGCGCUACAGCGGCCUCACCGACGGCAUCUACUGGGGCACCUGGUACAUCCUGACAGACCGCAGGAGCCGACAGAAAUACUCCUUCAAGAGGGUGGAGAUGAAGACGAGACCAGUCGACUUCUGACUCUUCAGCGCCCGCGAAACGCUCAAGAGAGCCGGGAUUUCCUCCGCAGAUUCUGAAAGCUUUCUCCACCACCCUGUCCAUUUAAAAAAAAGGGUUCUACAGUACAGGCCAGUUUACAGCAGAGAGUAUAGUGAUAUUCCAUGUACCGGAGACCCCCUUUAUCUGAAUCUCCCCUUAUCCCAGGCCUGGCUCAUAGGAGCCCUUUCCCUGUCCGCAGGGCGCUUUGGAUACAAUGGGUUUUACUGCACUAUACUGCCAUGCGUUCUUGUACUCUUCUGAAUGACAUUUUACAUUUUAUUUAUAAUUAUGAUAAAUAAAAACAAAACAUGUUUUCCCACACCUAAGCGUUUCAUUAUUGUAUUAUGCCUUAAACAGUGAUUGAGUGUUUUUGAAGUUGUGGAUGAUUUCCCCUGGUGAAUAAUCGCAUGGUAGAAUGUCGAGGGAGCACGGGAUCCAUUCUUUUAAUUACAAUCUCUAGUGCGAGUUUUAUUAUUUAACUACCUGUGGAUCAGGGCUGGUCCUUCCACUCCUGGUCUUUGUUCCCACUCUGUUCUAAAUGGUUGAAUUUAACCAAUGAAACCUCCAUCCAGACCCUGAAGUGGUUAUGUCGUGGUUAGGGCUCUGGACUCUUGACCAGAGGGUUGUGGGUUCUAUCCCCAGUG